AUGUUAACUCUAGCUAUUGGGGAUUUAUUCAUUCCAGAAAGAUCGAUUAAUUUACCAUCAAAGUUUAAGAAGCUUUUAUGCCCCAAUCCAAAUUCAAUUCCUACAAAUAAUAAAAUAUCGCGAGUAGUAUGCUUAGGUAAUAUAACCAAUUCUCAAAAGACUUUAGAAUUCUUACACAAUUUAUCACCUCAAUUCAGUAUAGUUAAAGGAGAGUUUGAUAAUUCAGUAAUAUUAUCUCAACAAUUGAGUUUGAUAUCCAAGAAGGAAGAACCUAUCCCAUAUUAUAAUGUUUUUGUCUGUGAUGGUUUACGUAUUGGAUACACUAAUGGAUUUCAAAUUGUUCCGAGAGGAGAUCCAUUGUCGUUACUGGCUUUUGCAAGAGAAUUAGAUGUUGAUGUUUUGAUAUGGGGUGGAACUCAUAAAGUUGAAGCAUAUACAUUGGAUGGCAAAUUUUUCAUUAAUCCUGGAAGUGCAACUGGGGCUCUUAGCUUUGAUUGGCCUGAUAAUGAAGAUUAUGAAGAGGAACACCAAGAUCAACCUAAGGAAGAAAUAGAUAAAGAACUGAACGAAGAAAAGGGUUCAAAUGAAGAAGCAGAAAAGCGGGAGGCAAUUGAACAGGAUAAAGAUGUGACGGAGGAUAAUAAGAUCAAUAAAGGAAUAUUAAAUGAAGUUGAAGAAAUGAAUGCAAACAUUCCCUCUUUCUGUUUGUUGGAUGCUCAAGGAAAUACAUGUGUGUUAUACAUCUAUACAUAUUUGAAUGGGGAAGUUAAAGUCGAUAAGGUUACAUAUACCAAAGAAUGA